AUGACGGUUCAAGAGUUAGAAGAUGAAAUUAGUGCAAUUGUGUCCAUAUAUCCUGACUCUGUGACACAUGAGUUGCCACAGAUUUAUGCUUUUUCUGUACCCAAUCAUGAAUCGAUCAGUUUCCAAUUGAAUUUUCCCAUCCUUUACCCUGAUGAAAAACCGCAGUUGUUGCAAUUGAUUGUCAAGAAUGAAAACACGAGUGAGGGGAGGAAGUUUACGGAUACUGUGUAUUUGGAAAAAAAGAUUCAAGGAGCUUUAGAUGAGACAUUCCAACCUGGUCUAGUAGUGAUUUUUGAAUUAUUGACUCGUUUACAAGAAAUUUUUGAUGAGUAUGUAAAAGAACGUGAUCAAAUGGAGGCACAGAAUCAAACUGCGAUGAGAAAUACAGGUAAAGCGUCCAUAGUGACACUGGGGGAACUGCGGCGAGAAGAGGAGGACGAGGAACAAAGUAUUGGCUUACAAGAGGGUCAAAGUCGGAGUAGCAAUAACAGUAACAACUAUACUGAGGGUUGGUUUGCUUCCGAACCUAUAGUUGAUCGCCAUUCGACCUUCAUUGCAUAUGUCCGUGUGGCCAACACCUUGGAUGAAGCACGUGGGUAUUUGGAUACUUUGUUGUGUGACAGAAAGAUUGCUAAAGCGACACACAAUAUUUCUAGUUGGCGGAUUCAAAACAAAGAUAGUGGUACGCGGUAUCAGGAUUUUGAUGACGAUGGUGAGACUGCAGCGGGUGGCAGGCUUUUGCACUUGCUCCAGAUGAUGGAUGUUUGGAAUGUCAUUGUUGUUGUUAGUAGAUGGUUUGGCGGUAUCCACUUGGGGCCUGACAGGUUCAAACAUAUAAACUCUGCUGCUCGUGAUGCCAUUACACGAAGUGGAUUAUUUUUAUUGCAAGAUGGAACACAUUCUGGUAAUGGUGGUGGAACCAAAUCCAAAAAAAAGUAA